CAUCUCUGUUUGUUUGCAAUCAAAGAUAUUGGUCCAGGAGAAGAAAUCACCUAUAACUAUGGUGAUUCCAACUGGCCAUGGAGAAGCAAGAAAUCCAACAUGGUGGCAUCUCAGGCUGUGGAUGAGAUUGCAGCCAGUUCCUCUCCUAACGACGCAACAAAGGUAAAUUGGAGUUUCAGUGUCAGAUUGUUUUAGUUGUAGACUGAGGUGCUAGUUAUUAGGCAGUAUUGAGGUAUGUGGGUCCUUGGUUAUCUUGACCAAGUAAGAUGCACGCAUUAGGAGGACUGAGAUUUGAAACAGGAAGUAUAAACAACUGAGUUCUACCUACAAGUGCGCCCACACACACGGGUCCUGUGUAUUACUCAACUGGACAGGUCCAGACAUUAGGAGGACUGUAUUCAUCUUGGCUAGACCCAAAGACUGCCAUUCAUUAUUCACGCUUCUUCCUUAGAAAUCCAACAUGGUGCCAUCUCAGGCUGUGGAUGAGAAUGCAGCCAGUUCCUCUCCUAACGACGCAACAAAGAAAUCCAACAUGGUGCCAUCUCAGGCUGUGGAUGAGAAUGCAGCCAGUUCCUCUCCUAACGACACAACAAAGGUAAAUUGGAGUUUCAGUGUCAGAUUGUUUUAGUUGUAGACUGAGGUGCUAGUUAUUAGGCAGUAUUGAGGUAUGUGGGUCCUUGGUUAUCUUGACCAAGUAAGAUGCACGCAUUAGGAGGACUGAGAUUUGAAACAGGAAGUAUAAACAACUGAGUUCUACCUACAAGUGCGCCCACACACACGGGUCCUGUGUAUUACUCAACUGGACAGGUCCAGACAUUAGGAGGACUGAGUUUAGAAAUGAAUUCAGAUCAAUGAGAGUUACUCUGGCAAUUGUGCAUACACACACGGGUCCUGUGUAUUACUCAACUGGACAGGUCCAGACAUUAGGAGGACUGUAUUCAUCUUGGCUAGACCCAAAGACUGCCAUUCAUUAUUCAUGCUUCUUCCUUAGAAAUCCAACAUGGUGGCAUCUCAGGCUGUGGAUGAGAAUGCAGCCAGUUCCUCUCCUAACGACGCAACAAAGAAAUCCAACAUGGUGCCAUCUCAGGCUGUGGAUGAGAAUGCAGCCAGUUCCUCUCCUAACGACGCAACAAAGGACUGCGAUCAUGAUCUAGUCCCUGACGAAAUGUCAAGUUUAGAAAAAUGUUUUGCAUGUGGAGGACCUUUUUCGCCUCUGAAAUGGAGUGGUGUGAGAUGUGAAGUUUGCUACCAGUCCUGGCACAAAAGAUGUUAUGUUAGCCACAAGGUGAACCUCACUGAACCUCUUCCAGAGGUCUUUAGUGAAGAUAGUUCAAGUGAGGGGGCUUCAUCAGAAGAGGAAUAUGUGCCAGAUUCUAUAGCUGACUCAGACAGCUCAUGGGACAACAAAUCAGAGCCUUUAAAUAUAAGUUGCAAACAAGUACAGAACUCUGAGAUCUCCAGCAGUCAAUCUGCUUGCAAAACGAAAAGACCUCGCCUAGAAAGUUUUUUAGAGAGAGUAGGACAAAGAAUUUCAGAAGAUGCCGAAUCAAUAUCUGAAGAUGGAAUUGGCACAAGACAGCUCGACGUAUCAGGGGUUAUUGCCACAGCAGAAAAGUCUGAUGCUGAAGGCAUUGUUGAUGACUCUAAUACUACGGCUGAAGAUUCCUUAAAAACAUCCUCCUCACUAAGAAACAAAACAUACUGCUACAUUUGUGGAAAACUACAGACAAAGUUUACACGUCAUUUAAAAACUCAUGAGAAAUCACAUGCAGAUGUUGCUCGAGUUUUAAGUCUUCCCAAGAAGUCCAAAGACCGUUUGAAAAUGCUUUCUAAGCUGCGAAACAAAGGAAACCACAGACAUAACUCGGAGGUCAUCGCAAGUGGGAUUGGAUCAUUAAAAACCAGACGCACAUCAAAAAAACCCUACAAAGGAAAAGACUAUAUUCACUGCAUUUAUUGCGAGGCAUUAUAUCUUAAAAGAGAUCUUUGGAGACGUGUUCGUAAAUGUUCUUCAAAACCAGUGGAGGCCAAUUCAGAGGGGGGACGAAAAAAGGUCUUGUCCCUGGCCUGUAUGAGUGAGUCAGCUCUGUGUCAGCAAGUUUCCCCCGGUGUUUGGAAGAUAUUAGCUGUCAUGAAAGAUGAUGAAAUAACUUCUACUGUGCGAAGUGACUUCUCUAUUCUUCAGCUUGCUCAAUCAUUCUUUAACAAACAUGGGAAAGAUCCACCAAAUUUGACUACAUUCGCCAGACACUCCGAGAAUGUGGAAGACUUCUGCUCACACUUCGGAAAGAAUGCUCAAUACACACUUUUGAGGAUGCUGUAA